UGGCGAGAUAGAGCUUGGAGUUGACCGAGAAUUAUCCUGCACUUCUCGAUGCACUGCUGAAAGUGAUGGCGGUGGUGGAGGCGUUAACUUCUCUUGUUCUUUCUCUUUCUCACAAACACACACACACCUCUUCGGCUAAUGGACAGGGCAAACAGCAAUGAGGAAGUACAUCGGUGAUUUACUUUUUUAGCGACUUCCCCCUCAUUCCCAAGCAGGUAGACAAUACGCCGUAGCUUCCUCGUCAGGCGGACUUCUUCACAGUCACUGACAGCGGAGUCACAUGGAUCGCAUCUCAUUUACAGUAAAGUUCAUUCCGGCCAGCGAUACAAAGCAAUAGAUCCAACUGACAACAAGGGUAACAGUUAAAAAAUGCUGUUAGAAACGUCUCAUCACAAUUUGCCUCUUUAUGCUGCACUUCGAAUAGAUGGAAUAUCAAUUUUCUUGGGCAUCUUAGUCCUUGUGGCACUCAGCCUGCUUCUGCUUUGCAGUUGGUGUGAAAAGGGGAAAAUGCGAUUGUUUGCAGAUUCCAAUGGUGUUUUACCAGUGAGUUUCACACAGCAAAGAAAUGUGGCCAAUACACCAGUGGACAAUUCAACAUCCCCAGAGAGCAUUUUAGAUAACACUGCGGGAUUUGAAAGGGGUGAUAAUAACCAUGUAAUGUCACAUAAAAGGAAACUCCCACAGCUCCCAGAUGGAAAAAGGCAGUCAGUUGAAAGAAAAAGCAGCCAAAGUGCUCCCAACCUGUAUGAAUCCAUCAAUGAUAUUGAGAAUGAAUUGCCAUUAAACACCCGGGUACCACCUGUUCCAGUGGCAGAGUGUAGCAAUCUGUAUGAAGAAAUAAACUUAGCAUUGGAGACAAAUGUAAAACUUAAUAAUUACACCAAAAAUGCUAUGGGAACUGAAGAUGAUCAGAAAUUGGCAGUGGAAGUGGAAGAUUGCAAAGAAAUAAUUGUACAGUCAAAGGAUGCUUUUGAAAAGGUUGUGGAAGCUAAAAACAAGCAUACAAUAACAGUGGAAGUGGAAGACUUCAGUGAAAAAGUACUGACAACAGAAGGCGGACAUGAAAAGGCAAUGGAAAGGGAAGAUGAACUUCCAGUUAUAAUAGAAGUAGAAGACUGCACUAUCGGUGAUGAGCACACUGGCUCACACUAUUCUCUAAUUGGAAAUCCAAAGAAAUGUGUGCCAGUUGAUUGUGAACUUGGAACACUGACACAAAUUGCUGAACCUGGAGAUGUGGCAAAAGCUAUUGACAGUCUGAGUGUUUCAAACAUAAGUGUUGAAUCAGACAUGACUACUGGAGUGAAAAAGAUACCACUCUAUGCGAAAGUGAACAAAUUAAGAGCCAAGCCCAAGGAUUCGGAGGACAUGACACAGUUGUCAAACACUCCAAUGGAAAUUUAAAGAGCAUUUUAAUAGAUUUCUUUUAUAUUCUGAAAAGAACCAAAAUCGUUGUUUUCAUGUGAAAUGAUGCUUAAAUUACAGUUAGCAUUUAAGUUCUUCUGCAGUGGGCUGGCACCCUGCCCGGGGUUUGUUUCGUGCCUUGCGCACUGUGUUGGCUGGGAUUGGCUCCAGCAGACCCCCGUGACUCUGUAGUUAGGAUAUAGCGGGUUGGAUAAUGGGUGGAUGGAUGGAUGUAAAUUCUUUCACUGUCCAAUCAAAUGCAGCAGGAGUCCUCUCUGCUGAAUAUGAUUAUUUUGAAGGCUUGAAUCAGCCAUUAAGGCAAAUACUGAACUGUGUCAUUAUAUCAGCGCAUUUACCAAAUGUGAUGCGGCUGUGAAAAAAAAAAUUCUCUAUAUGGUGUGAUUUUGGUACUCUGGUUUUCUUCUUACAUCUUAAAGAUGUAAAUAAUUGGGAACUAGCCAAGUGUGAAUGUGGUGGUGUGUUCUGCAGUGGACUGGAGUACCAUCCAGAGUUGGUUUCCAGUGCUGCCUGAAUGAUAUUUUGGAUCCACUACUCAGAAUUAUUUAUGGAAUAUGGAUAUGGAAAAUGCAUAGACUAAUGAAUGCAUGAGAGGCCAGAGAAUGCCAGGCAAAUUAUGUUUGACAAUUUUUAUUUAAAGAUCUACAGAAGCUCUGAACCACACAAUGAAAUAAACUAUGGGAUAACCCCUAUCCCGGUAAUACAUGUAAAGAAUUAUUUCCAGAGACAGAGGAGAGUUUGGUUAAAUGUGCUAAAGAUGAAAGUCGCCGGUUCAAAUCCUGUAAACACCAGAAGUGACUCUAUCCUGUUUAGCCCUUGAGUAAGGCCCAUAAUUCUUAAUGACAUUAAUCGGCAUCUAGCCCUGCAGGGAAAAUUGGAGUUUGGUGGCAGGAUUGCCAUUCCAGCCGCCAUAAUAAACUUCACAUUGUUUCAGUGUGUUGCUGAGGUGUCAUUCGCUACACUUGGGUCCUAAUCUAGAUGGUUCAUUGUGUGGUGGGUGCAACUACGAGCUAUCAAUGCAUGCUCCCAACCUCUCUCUCUCUCUCUCUUUAUUAAAUACAUGGCAGCAAUUGUCAUUCUGAACUGAACAGACAUGAUCUUCCAGAAUAGGAACUUCUUAUCUGAGGCUGCAUUUCCUAUUAUUAUAUAGCCUAUUAUUUUGAGGCAAAUAAACACAGAGACUUCUGGUCAUCAAAUAAAGAUGGCUCAGUUAAGGCAAGCUGAAAAUUUUCCUUUUGGUCACACAUUCUGUUGUUUUCACGGCCCACCAAUGAAACCUUUGCACAUCAUGUUCUUCCCCAAACAUUGAUGCAAGAAUGUCAAAGCAAUGUUUGUAUAUGGGCAGAGGCUGUGAAUAUUGGACGAUCUCCUUGUUUGUCAGCAUGCAUUUCUCUGUCAUUGUCGUUCUUGCAUUCUAUAUUGUGGAGUAUGUCUGGCAUGCUGUGUUUGGCUAGAUACUCGAGUUCUUUAUCACUCAGUCAUCAUGGUGUGCGUCAUGGUAUUUUGCAGUCAUAAUUAUCGAUUUGGUGUGAGGACAGUCGAUUAUCUGUCUCUGUCGCACAUCAGCAAAUGCUGAUAACCUGAGUUAAGAACUUUUUUAAGAGUAGAGCUACCACUUGAUGAGAGGCUGGUAAAAAUUUGAUGUAAGGACUACAUAUUAAUCUUCCCACUAGAGUCAUGUUCCAGAAAUACAAACAUACACAUACAGUAGUUGUCAGAAUUUUUAAUCUGUACUUUAAUACAUUUUCUUGUCAUUUGAAAUGUUUCAUUUUCUAUUUCUAGCUCAAAUCAGACUGGAACAACCUAUAUAGGCCAAAUGGUAUUCAUAGAAUAUAAUUUACUUUAGAAAGACAGCCAAAAUAUUCUGAAACCUUUAUCAUUUGAAAAUGAAUCCCUUAACAAUACUAUUUUAGUGUUGUCUUACAACCAGGGAUUUUUUUAGUUUAGAAUGGUGCAUUCAGUUCUUUAUAUGACAAAAGUGUGUUAAGGUCUCCUAAAAGACCCAAAAAGCAAGCCAGGACCUUCACUGGCCAUUCCUGAAAAAGCCCAAAUCUGAGCAACUUGCCCGCUAACCACUGCCUGCAGGCUUCAGCCAGACUAGGCCCAGCAUGAGGGAACUGGCCUUUAAAGUUCAAAAUGCUCUUAAGAGUCUUAAAAAUAUAUAGAACUGCCCUUCAAAAGGGAGAAAACCGGGAAAACUGUGACUUGUAACCAAAAGGCAACAGGCAUUCUUUAUAAAUAAGCAUAUUUAAUCAAUUGUGUUAAUGUGACAUCUAAGAGGAAUAUGUUAAUAUAACAAGUAAAAGAUAUAAUAUGAGCAAACAUCACUAUUAGUUAAUUUCUUUGAGUGUAUUUGCGUACUUGAUUGCACAUUUGAUAUACAGUACUUACUUUACUGUUCUCAGGGCUUUGUGUUUUCUCUGCAUUUGUAUAAUGGCAUUUCUAUUCCUGUUUAGAUAUGUAUUUUUUUAACACCAUUUUCAUUUUUAUGAUUAUUUAAAUGUCUCUGUGGUAAAUUAUUAAGUAGUA